AACUGAAUACAACUGUUAUACUUGCUUCUUAGACAUCUGCGUUUCUGGUCUAUGGAAUACUAACAGUCUUCCAGAUUAUCAUUACGGGGUGUGAUCGCAGAAUUUGGUUAUAAAUCACAUUUCCAGAGACCAUUGAGCAACAUGUCAUCUACCCAAAACAGCCAUUUCAAGCUACUCCAAAAGUUUAAGCCGGAGUACUCGCCUAGCGAGUUUGCUCAGUAUGAGUCGGAGAGAACAGGCAUGAGGGUAGUGGUCAUUGACCAAAAAGGACCCAAAGUCACAGGAUAUUUUGUUCUAGCCACUGAGAUUCUCGAUGACUCGGGUGCUCCUCAUACAUUGGAGCACUUGUGCUUCAUGGGCUCUCGCAACUAUAGAUAUAAGGGCUUCCUUGACAAGCUGGCAACACGUGUUUAUUCGAGCACUAAUGCCUGGACGGCCACAGAUCACACGGCCUACACCUUGGACACAGCAGGCUGGGAAGGAUUUGCUCAAAUCUUACCCGUGUACCUAGAGCAUGUUAUAGCUCCAACACUGACAGAUGAAGGGUGCUAUACCGAAGUGCAUCAUAUUGACGGCUCCGGUGACGACGCCGGAGUCGUCUACUCGGAGAUGCAGGGUGUGCAGAAUAAUUCUGCAGAGUUAAUCGAUCUAACCGCUCGUCGAUUGACUUACCCGCAUGGUGUAGGCUUCCGCUACGAGACAGGCGGUAUGAUGGAGCAGCUCCGUGUACUCACCGCGGAUCGUAUCCGAGCGUUCCAUCGUGAGAUGUACCAGCCCAAGAACUUAUGCCUGAUUAUCACAGGCGAAGUAGAUCACCAAAACAUGCUGGAGACCUUGGACAAAUUUGAAGAUACUAUUCUAGAUGUCAUUCCCAGUCCUGAUUCACCUUUCAAGAGACCGUGGGUAGAUUCCAAGCAGGCGCCGCCAUUGGAGAAGUCCAUUGUUCAGACUGUGGAAUUCCCGGAAGAAGAUGAAUCCUUUGGAGAGAUAGAGAUUAGAUUCCUCGGUCCGGACUGUACCGAUCCUGUUCAAACUGGGGCUGUUAAUGUUGCAUUGUUGUAUUUGGCCGGUUCAUCUGCUUCCCUCUUGGACAACAUCUUGGUUGAGAAGGAGCAGCUCGCCAGUGCUGUUUAUUAUGCUACCGAAGAUCAUCCCAGUAUUGAGAUCCGCUUCACUUUGACCAGUGUGGAGACAGAGAAACUGGCGAAGGUAGAGCAACGAUUUUUCGAAGUGCUCAAGGAUGCUAUGGAGAAGGAAUUGGAUAUGAGAUAUAUCAAGGAGUGCAUUGACCGGCAAAGGCGGACCUGGAAGUUCUCUACUGAAAGCUCCGCUUCUUCCUUUGCGGAGUACGUGAUCUCGGAUUUCCUUUUCGGAAAGAGGGACGGAUCGACUAUGCUUGAUGUUGCGACCUUGCAAGAAUACGACGUGUUGGAGAAGUGGAGUGAAGCACAAUGGCGCACUUUCAUCAAGACGUGGAUUUCUGAUGCCAACCAUGUCACUAUCCUGGGUGUCCCGUCCGUCAAAAUGUCUGACGCACUGAAGAAGGAAGAAGAAGCUAGAGUCGCAGAGCAAAAGAAGCGCUUGGGUGAGGAAGGGCUGAAGAAGCUGGCCGACAAGCUGGAGAAAGCUAAAGCUGAAAAUGACAAGGAGAUCCCCAAGGAGAUGCUGGAGAGGUUCCAAAUUCCCGGGGUAGAGUCUAUCCAUUUCGUGGACACUACUACAGCCAGGUCCGGUGCAGCCCUGGAUGCCGGACGCCCGUCCCACAAGGCGCAACAACUGGUGGAUGCUGAUGGAUCCGACCUGCCCCUGUUCAUCCAUUUUGAGCAUAUCCCCAGUAGCUUCGUGCAGCUCUCCCUUCUCAUUUCGGCGCAGGCCGUACCUGUGCAGCUUCGCCCAUUGCUGUCUGUGUAUACCGAGGCGUUUUUCAACCUGCCUGUCAUUCGGAAUGGGGAAACCAUUAACUUUGAGCAGGUGGUUGUGGAAUUGGAAAGGGACACAGUUGGCUACUCCAUGGAAGGAGCCAGAAGCCUAGGAAACUCGGAGAUGCUGCGGAUCUCAUUCCAGGUGGAGCUUGAGAAGUAUCAUACGGCGAUUGCAUGGAUCCAGGAACUUUCCUGGAACUCGAUUUUCGAUGUCGAGCGACUCCGAGCGAUUACCAGCCGACUGCUUUCCGAUGUGCCCGAUUCCAAGCGUAGUGGUGAUGACAUGCUCGCGGCUGUUCAUGUGAUGGUCCACUACGCGGCAGAGUCUAUUGUUCGGGCUCGGAGCACCUUGGUGAAGGCGCGUUACCUGAAACGGAUCAAGAAGCAACUGGCAGAAGAGCCGAAGUCUGUCGUUGCGCGGAUGGAAGAGAUCAGAGACGCGCUUUUCCGCUUCGAGAACAUGCGAGUCUUGGUCAUCGCUGACCUGGAGAAACUUCAAAACCCUGUGUCAGCAUGGAAACCAUUUGCUGAGCGUUUGGGUGCAGGUGCCCCUCUGCAGCCUAUCACGGCCAGAAGACCGUUGCUCAGUGAGGCUGGUCAGAAGUUGGGCGGCAAGUCGUAUGUGGUACCAAUGCCGACGAUUGAUUCAUCGUUCGCAUAUGCAACUGCACGGGGUCUGGAUUCGUAUGAUGAUCCAAGACUUCCUGCCUUGAUGGUUGCAAUCGCAUACAUGAAUGCGGUCGAGGGACCCCUUUGGGUUGCGGUUCGAGGCAAGGGUUUGGCAUAUGGCACAAACUUCGCCUACAAUAUCGACACCGGAUUCGUCAACUUUGACGUUUAUCGCUCUCCCAAUGCCCAUAAGGCCUUCGACUCAAGCAAACAGAUUGUUGAGGAUCACCUCUCUGGUGCGAUGCCGUUCGAUCCUUUGAUGCUAGAGGGCUCCAUUAGCAGCAUUGUUGUUAGCUUUGCGAAUGAACAGUCGACCAUUGGUGCCGCAGCCUCAGGCAGUUUCAUUCGACAGGUGAUUCGGCGCCUACCUAGCGACUACAAAGAGCGGGUGCUCAAGCAGGUGCGGGCCACUAGCGUUGAUGACGUGAAGGGCGCUCUGAAGAGCAUCAUUCUGCCUUUGUUCAACCCAUCCACGGCGAAUAUCGUGGUUACCUGCGCUACAGUGCUUGAGGAGACCAUCAAGGAAGGUCUCCAGGCAUCGGGAUUCACGCCAGCGGUGCAGCCACUCAAGGAAUUCGAAGAUGACUAUGGACUGAAGGUCGGCGAUGAUGAGGACGAGGAGUCUGAUGACGACGAUGACGAUGAUGAGUACGAAACCGGAUCUGAAGACGAAGACGACAGCGAUGAAGACAUGGAGGAUGACGAAGAUGAUGAAUGAUGCAACCCACCCAACGACCACUAGACAUGACAGGAUAUGUUUGAGCCCGUUCCUAGAUAGCACCUAGAUCGAAAGAUCAGCUACCUCUUUGAGGGACACUGAAAGUCUGGGACAGAUAUG